AUGAAGCACCUGGAAGGAAGAAAUGAAACCAUCAUCACUGAAUUCAUCCUUUUAGAUUUUGGAGACUUACAGGAACUACAGAUUAUUUUCUUUGUGGGAUUCCUUGCAAUAUACUUCAUGACUAUAGCUGGAAAUCUUCUCAUCAUUGUACUAGUUGUGACUGAUCACCAUCUGCAUACACCCAUGUAUUUCUUCCUUGGGAAUCUGUCUUCCUUGGAGAUCUGUUACAGUUCAACUAUUGUUCCCAGAAUGCUGGCCAGUUUUGUCACUGAAGAACAUCAUGUUUCAGUAAAUGGCUGCAUUAUGCAGUCAUGGGCUUUUGGUUUCCUCCUAGCAUCAGAAUGUUGUCUCUUGGCAGCAAUGUCUUAUGAUCGCUGCUUGGCAGUAUGUAGACCCUUGCAUUAUACUGCCCUCAUGAAUUCCAAGGUUUGUCUUCAACUGAUGACUGGAUCUAUGUUUGGUGGUUUUGUGAUUGACAUGAUCUUGUUAAUUUUUAUGAUGCAGUUACGCUUCUGUGGCUACAAUAAGAUCGAUCAUUUCUUUUGUGAGUUCAUCCCACUUGCAAAUGUUGCCUGUAGUGAUGCACAUGAGGUUAAACUUCUGCUAGUUAUUCUCACUUCCAUAUGGACCCUGCCACUAUUCAGUCUGACAGUGGUAUCAUAUGGAUGCAUCAUUACUGCCAUUUUAAGAAUCCCAUCCACUGUAGGGAGGCAAAAAGCCUUUUCCACAUGCUCCUCUCAUCUCAUUGUGGUGACCAUUUUCUAUGGAACCAUUAUCAUUGUGUAUAUUUUGCAAGGCAGCAAGAAUAUGAAAGAACUAAAUAAGGUCUUUUCUGUCUUUUACACCAUUCUGACACCUCUGAUCAAUCCUCUCAUCUACAGCCUCAGGAACAAAGAGGUUAAGGAAGCCCUUAAAAGAACAAUCUCCAAAUGUGCUGUCUGCUUGACUCUCAAAUGA